CUCUCGUCCUCAGGUCAACUCUCUGCCCCUCCUCCCUUGCCCAAUCCCCAUUGAGUAAAGGACAAAAAGUGACCAAAGAAACCUUCAUGUGGAGUAAUAAUAAUAAGAGGAAAGAGAGUUCCUACCCCUUCCUCAGAGCUUGAGAGCCCUCUCUCUCUCUCCCCCCCCCCAUGAACUCAUAAAAGUUGGUUUUUGAAGGCCCCUGAUCACUGCCCAACGGCAUCUGGCCAUUUUAGAUCGACGCCAAUUCCUCCAGGGCAUGAACCAGGUGCUGUCCCAUUGACUUCGUUGCUACUUGCACUCCAUAUCCAUUGAGUUGAAGCUAAUACCAAGAUGCACUCCGGGAACCAAUGGGGCGGCUCGUUCGAGAUCCAUGCCGACCCUUCCACCGACGACGAGCACAGCCGCAACAUGGAUUUGGACCGAGCAGCCGUGUACCGGCAGCAGCUCGACGAGACGCAGCAGAGCUGGCUGCUGGGCCCGCAGGACAGCACCCAGAAGAAGGACAAGUACGUUGACCUCGGCUGCAUCAUCUGCAAGCGCAAGGUGGUGUGGUGGAUCGUAUGGACGGCUCUGAUUGCAUUUGUUGUCAUCGGAAUUCCGAUCAUCAUCGUCAAGUCAUUACCCAAGCACAAGGAGAAGGCGCCGCCGCCGGACCAGUACGCCAUGGCCCUCCACAAGGCCCUCCUAUUCUUCAAUGCACAGAAGUCUGGUCGAUUGCCGAAGAGCAAUGGUAUUCCAUGGCGUGGAAAUUCUGGCCUCAGAGAUGGCUUUGAUCAACCGGAUAUUAAGGGGGGGCUUGUUGGAGGAUAUUAUGAUGCAGGGGACAACAUAAAAUUUCAUUUCCCAAUGGCCUACUCCAUGACACUCCUGAGUUGGUCGGUGAUAGAAUACAGUCAAAAGUACAAAGCAAUUGGAGAGUAUGACCACAUCAGAGAACUCAUCAAAUGGGGCACAGACUACUUGCUUAAAACCUUCAAUUCUUCUGCCACCACCAUUGACAAAAUCUAUAGCCAGGUUGGUGAGGCGACAAAUUCGUCGACGACACCGGAUGACCACUACUGCUGGAUGAGGCCUGAAGACAUGGACUACCCCCGCAAGACCCAAGUUGCAAGCUCUGCCCCUGACUUGGGAGGUGAGAUGGCUGCAGCACUGGCUGCUGCCUCCAUUGUAUUCCGCGACGACGCAGCCUACUCCAAGAAGCUCAUCAAUGGUGCAGCAACAGUUUACAAGUUUGCAAGGUCCUCGGGCCGCAGAACGCCCUACUCCCGGGGGAACCCAUACAUUGAGCCCUUCUACAAUUCGACAGGCUACUGGGACGAGUACAUGUGGAGUGCUGCAUGGAUGUACUACGCCACCGGCAACAGCAGCUACAUGAACUUUGCGACCGACCCAAGGUUGCCAAAGAAUGCCCAGGCCUUCAUGCAGAUCACAGACCUGGGGGUUCUCAGCUGGGACAACAAGCUCCCUGCUGCCAUGCUACUUUUAACCAGGUUCAGGUUGUUCUUGAGCCCGGGCUACCCUUAUGAGGAGACUCUCCUUCAGUACCAUAAUGCUACAGGGCUCGACAUGUGCUCAUGUUUUAAGCAAUUCAAUGUCUUCAACUGGACCAGAGGUGGAAUGAUCCAACUGAACCACGGAAGACCUCAGCCGCUACAAUAUGUAGCGGCUACGGCAUUCCUGGCAUCCCUGUAUGCCGACUAUAUGGACGCUGCUAAUGUCCCCGGAUGGUAUUGCGGGCCCUUCUACUUCUCCACCAGCUCCCUCCGAAGCUUCGCCGCCUCCCAGAUGAAUUACAUCUUAGGAGACAACCCAAAGAAGAUGAGUUAUGUGGUGGGUUAUGGCAACAAGUACCCGAAGCAGGUGCAUCACCGUGGCGCAUCCAUCCCUGACAAUGGCGUCAAGUACUCGUGCACCGGUGGGCGGAAGUGGCUCUAUGCCAAAUCCUCCAACCCCAAUGUGAUCACCGGCGCCAUGGUCGGCGGGCCCGAUCGCUUUGAUGGCUUCAUGGACGUGAGAAAGGACUAUGGCUACACCGAGCCCACACUGGCUGGUAAUGCAGGCCUUGUUGCAGCACUUGUGUCACUAACAAGCAGUGGUGGUGCUGGCGUCGACAAGAACACCAUCUUCUCGGCUGUGCCGCCGCUCUUCCCGGCAUCACCACCCCCUCCAGCACCAUGGAAGCCGUGACAGCUCUCACUGGUGUAAGUUGGCUGGGGAGGGAGUCUUGGGCUUGUAUACUUUGGUCAUGGGGUUCAUUUGUUUUGAGUUAUUUGGGGUACAAGAUAUUGAUAAAAAGACUGUCAUAACUGAGAGUUGUAUGUCUGAAAAUAACUUGAUUUGAAAUGCUUGUAGCUGUAAACUGGGUAUCAUAACAUAUGACUACUGAGAACUGAAAAAAUUUAUGUG